UAAACAUAUCCCAGACACACAAAUCUCAGUAUCUAUCUCUGAUCUGUACUCUCCCUCUCUCUCUCUCGAGCCAAAAUCGUAAGCAGACACUGAAUCGAAUCUCUGAAGUCUGACUGAUCCUCAAUUCAUGGCUUCUUGACCAGGUCUAAAUGUAUUAUUCUAGAGAUAUUCUUUGGGGCACUAUCGGCUGUGGAAGCUGUUCGAUCAUAUGAAGUGCUUACUUGGCUGGAUUGGUUCGAUAGCCAUCGAGUCAGAUUCACAUUUGUUUCAUGCUUUCGUGCAGGUUCGUUUCUGUAAAUUUGCCCAGGUGGGUAGGGAGCGACUAGAUUCAUUUAGUGGAAGCAUUGUUUUGGUGUUACAUUGUGCUUUCAAGCUUGGUAAAGGAGGAAAAGGGCUAUAUUAUGGGUGAAGGAGAGGAGGGUAUUGAACUUAAAUUCCGCAUUUACGAUGGUACCGAUAUGGGCCAUAGUACUUAUGCAUCAUCAACGACGGUUGCAACUCUUAAGCAAAAGCUUGUUGCUGAGUGGCCUCAAGACAAAACAACCACUCCAAAGGCAAUUAAUGAUGUAAAACUCAUACAUGCUGGUAAAAUCUUGGAGGAUAACAGGACACUUGCUGAUUCCAGAAUAACUAUUGGCGACCUUCCUGCUGGUGUUAUUACCAUGCAUGUUGUGGUACAGCCUCCUGCCACCAAAAAGAAGACAGUUAUAGGGUCUAACAUUCUAUCUUCAUUGUAUCUUUCUCAAUGGAUGCUUUUGUGGACGAAGAUGAGGAGCAUAUGCGAAAGAUGAAUUCAUGCUCCUGCACCAUCCUUUAAUUUGCGAAGCAUACUCUGUAUGCUGUUGAAGAUUUGAAUCAGUAGUUUUACAUUUUUGCUUUCCUUGAAGAUGGAAGUGUAAUGUAGCCUUAUAAAUAGCAAUUAUGAUCGUGCAGGUUGCCCUUUUUUGUUCUUGUAAUUUCUUCUAUUGUCUUUCAUUUGUAGUCAAUUCUCUUUUAAGUGAAAUCAGAAUAUCUACCAUGGUCCUUUUUGUCGA